AUGAACUGCAAUGAAGGAGAAGGAGGAGACUCUAUGAAGACGGAGGAGCACCGAGAAGCUUUGGUUUAUAUGUGUGGAUAUCUUCCCGGAGUUUCGCCGGAGAAAUCUCCGGUACUGUCCCUGGCGCCGGUGCGGUUUCCGAAUCGGAUGGACGGUGGAGAUUCGUGGAAGGACAUCUGCGGAGGCGGUUGUGGAUUCGCCAUGGCCAUCUCAGAGUGUGGGAAGCUCAUAACGUGGGGUUCGGCAGACGAUGAAGGGCAGAGCUAUCUGGUUUCUGGGAAGCAUGGGGAGACUCCGGAGCCUUUUCCUCUUCCAACUGAGGCUUCACUACUCAAGGCUGCUGCUGGUUGGGCCCAUUGCGUUUCUGUCACAGAGCCUGGGGAUGUAUACUCAUGGGGAUGGAAGGAGUGUGUUCCGUCUGGGAAGCUUAUCCAUGAUUUGGCUAUGGUGGGAAUUCCUCAAACAGAUACUAUAGGGAAUCAAAGUUCAUCACCAGCUGAGCAAGUAAGCCCAAUGCCUCAAGGCUUCAAUUUGACUAGUGGGACAGUAUCUCAUCUUGACAGCAAAAGGGCUGGAGAGGAAGUUGCAAAGCGGAGGAAAGUUUCAUCACCUAAACUUGAAUCUGAAACCUCAACAGGUGGUGAUGAUUUCUUCACUUUGUCGCCUUGUCUUGUAACUCUGGGUCCUGGAGUAAGGAUCACCAGUGUUGCAGCUGGUGGACGCCACACUUUAGCUUUGUCAGAUAUGGGACAGGUGUGGGGUUGGGGCUAUGGAGGCGAAGGACAGCUAGGUUUGGGUACCCGGGUAAAGAUGGUCUCUUCUCCUCAUGUCAUACCCUGUAUUGAGCCAUCUUCUUCUGGAAAGGAUAGGGCUUCUGCGGUAUCUCAAGGCACAAAAGUUCCUGGAAGUUAUGUCAAGGAGAUUGCUUGUGGUGGUCGACACAGUGUGGUAGUAACAGAUGCUGGAGCACUGCUUACUUUUGGCUGGGGACUCUAUGGACAGUGUGGGCAAGGGAAUACAAAAGAUCAACUAAGACCAAGUUAUGUGAAUUCAUUGGCCAAUUCUAGAGUGAAAACCAUCUCUGCCGGACUGUGGCAUACUCUAUGUAUAUCUGUUGAUGGUCGUGUACAUGCUUUUGGGGGGAAUCAGUUCGGACAGCUGGGAACAGGUGCCGAUGAGGCUGAGACUCUACCUAGGCCAUUAGAAUCUCCGAGUUUGGAAAGCAAGCAUGCCAAAGUGGUCUCCUGUGGGGCACGCCAUAGUGCCAUACUAACGGAAGACGGCCAAUUAUUUAGUUGGGGGUGGAACAAGUAUGGCCAACUUGGCCUGGGCGAUUCUGUGGACAGGAACCUUCCUUCUCAAGUUUCUACAGACGGUUGCUUACCUAAAAAUAUUGCAUGUGGCUGGUGGCACACGCUACUGCUGGCUGAAAGACCCGCUUGA